AACACUGUUGCUGUUUUGUUUACGUCAAUUAGCUCACUUGUCAACAGCAGCUAAUUACUACUGCCUCUCUGAAUGCUAUAUUGAUGGAGCUUCUGAUCAACAUUGUCAACAUGCCAAAAGGGUAGUUCCUAAAAUUGGCAAACAAGAAUGCUUCAUUUUGUCAGAUUAUUCAACAAUGGGGAAGAAAAAUACCAGGGUACUCAAGACCAGUCUGCUUGCCGGAUGAGCAGAAGACAAGUGAAAUCAUGUGCACAGCCUACACUGACCUCCUUUCAAGAUAGCAGAGAACGACAGAAGCACGUCUAGUCUUACAAUAUACAUUUCAUGAACACAAAAGCAUUGUCAUUUUGUUUGUCAAAAUGAAUUUCCUUUCAGCCAUUAUAACAUUUGAAAACCUCCAUGAGGUUCGAAGACUAUGCCACUGGGGACCAAUUAUAGCUUUAUCAGUCAUCGCUAUAUGUUCUACCAUGGCCAUACUGGACUCCAUAAUCUGGUACUGGCCACUGGACACUACAGGAGGUAGCAUUAACUUCAUCAUGCUCAUCAACUGGACGGUGCUUAUCCUGUACAACUACUUCAAUGCUAUGUUUGUUGGCCCAGGGUACAUCCCUCCUGGUUGGAAACCAGAAAAUGUACAAGAAACUCAAUACCUGCAGUACUGCCGUGUGUGCCAGGGAUUUAAGGCACCACGGUCCCACCAUUGCCGCAAGUGCAACAGGUGCGUGAUGAAGAUGGAUCACCACUGUCCUUGGAUCAAUAACUGCUGUGGCCAUACAAACCAUGCCUAUUUCACUAGUUUUCUGCUGUUAGCUCCUCUGGGCUGCUCACAUGCUGCCUUCAUCUUUAUUAUGACCAUGUACACCCAACUUUAUGAGAGGAUUUCCUUUGGCUGGAGCACCGUGAAGAUUGAUAUGAGUGUAGUGAACCAUGUCCAGCCUCUCAUACCUUUCAGCAUACCUGUAUUUGCAGCGACACUUUUUGCCUUAGGCUUGGCUCUGGGCACCACUAUUGCUGUUGGUAUGCUUUUUGUCAUACAGAUGAAAGUAAUAAUUCGAAAUAAGACCUCAAUAGAGUCCUGGAUUGAGGAAAAGGCCAAAGAAAGAAUACAGCACUACCAAACUGGAGAGGAGUUCAUCUUUCCCUAUGAUCUUGGCACCCGUUGGCUAAACUUCAAGCAAGUUUUUACCUGGUCAGGGAUGCCAAAGGGUGACGGCAUUGUUUGGCCAGUGCAUGCAAAGUGUCACCAGUACACCUUAACUAUUGAACAGCUGAAGCAGAAAGCUGACAAGAGAGUAAGAAGUCAGGUUCAGUAUCAGGCAGUGGAGGAUUACAAUGGAGCUUGCUGUCCAAUAAGCAAAGGCCUUCAAACCUUCUUCAGAACCCCCUGCACCGAAGAGCCUCGAAUUCCUCUCAGAAAAGGGGACACCAUCCUGGCUACUCGUGGCACAAAAUGGUGGAUGUAUGGAGACAAAAUAUUGAGUGAAGAGCAAAUUAAAGCUGGAGAUCGAAUAAGAGGAUGGUUUCCAAGGCGAUGUGUGGAGAAGUGCCAUUAUGAUACAGCUGCCAGUGAUAAUACCAGCGACAAGAAAGUCAAUUAAACCUUUUCAAAUGGCUGUAUGAAAAAUGAGUUAAAUUGAUCCUAAAGACCAGUUUUGUCAUUUCCUUUCCUUAAAUGAUUUAUAAACAAACUGUCAUUCCAAAUUCUGCAAUUUUUGCACAUCAACAUCAUCUUCUAUUAGUUUCCCAUUGCCAAUCUUAAAUACAUGUAGAAAAAAACUGUUCUUAAAAGAUCACUUUAACUCUUCUUGCCACAAGUACAAUGCCAGCAAGAAUUUUAAUUUCUAAGAAUUGCCACAAGGCUUAAAUGUAACUUUGUUAUGAUUACUCUUUACUUUUACUUGAAUAGUUGUUUUUACUUGCCUGACAUCCUUCUCUCUGCUAAGUAUGCAAUGCCUCUGCCCGGUGAACUUUUGGGUCUUUUCAUGCAACACUUUCUACUAAAUAACAUGCAGUUUCUUUUUUAUUAUUUUUGUAAAAACAAGUUUUUGGCCUCUAAUUUAAAAAAAAGAAAAAUAAAUAUUAGAAAGACCUGA